AUGAACGAGCUGUUUGAGGAUUUCGCAAAGGCCCGCCAAGCACGUAACGGCUAUGAGCUUGCCCAGACUCUCUCUCCAGUACCACCUGCAGACAAACCCCACAGACUGCUCCGCGUCUCGCAGUCGACGAACUCCCACAGUGUGAAAGGUGACAUUAAACAUUACAUCAAGACGAGCGUCUCACAUCGCGGCAAGCUUAGUCAGGAUGCGUUGACGGGCUGGGUUGAGGUAUAUGCUGCAUACUGGAAGGCAAUUGAAGAGAUUCUUGCGGGCGAACAUGGCCAAAGUUCUUGGACCAAAGUGUAUGAGGCAUGGAGGGAUCUGACCUCAAUGCUCGUUCGCGGCUACAACAACUUUGGUUUCGAGGCUUGGACGAUACCAAGUCUCUACAUGGUGGGAAAAUACCUUCGACUUUUCGCCAUCAAGGCCGAUGCAGAGCCCAAACGCCGGACUCCUGCUCACCAGGGCUUCAUGCUCAUCGGAGAUGACUUUGACCCAGACGCAGAGAGACAAUCACAAUUGCGUGAUGCCGAGCAACACCUCAAGCGCAUAUUUAGCUUAUGUCUCACAGAUCGUGCGCCCCUCGAAGAAUCUCGCAAGUGGGGAAUCUACUUUGUCGUCAACCUUCUCUUCAAGACAUAUUUCAAGCUUGGAUCGGCUUCCAUGUCCAAAACUAUCCUCACAAGUCUGGCGGCUUACGAGCAACGAGGCGACUUGCCGCCGCUUGCGUCAUUCCCCAAGUCCCAAAGGGUUACCUUCAGGUACUACCAAGGUGUCUUGUUUUUCCUCGAAGAGAACUACGCCAAUGCCGAAGAACGGUUGACGGAAGCGUGGCAAAUGUGCGCCCACGGAGCGAAGGAGAAUCUCGAACGCAUUCUUAUGUACCUUAUACCAUGCCGACUGUUGACGAGCCACAUGCUGCCAAGCCAACAGCUGCUGGCCCCCUUUCCCAGACUGCAAAAGCUCUUUGACCCCUUGACCCGAUACAUUCGUCAAGGUGACUUGCGUAGCUUUGACCAGGAGCUGCAAAAGGGAGAGGAUGAGUUCGUGCGACACCGUAUCUACCUCACUCUGGAGCGUGGGCGUGAUGUCGCCAUGCGCAACCUACUCCGGAAAGUGUUCAUCGCCGGCGGGUUCGAGGAGUCUGCGGACGCCAGUGCGCCCCCUCAACGCCGCACGCGCAUACCUCUGGAUGAGUUCCAGGCCGCCAUAAGUAUGGGUAGUGGCGCCCAGACAACAGAUCCAGAUGAAGGUUUGAUGAAAGGCUACAUCGCGCGGGAGCGGGGAAUGAUGGUCUUAUCCAAGAAGGGUGCUUUUCCGGGCACGGGGGUGUGA